UUUUGUAUUGACAACAGAAUACACACCCUGUUCAUUUGUUGAUGUUUAAUGGAUGAGACAUAUACAUAGUCUAUAGCUGGUUCCUAUGUUUUGAUAAACAACUGUUUAUCAAAAUGUAAUUGAUCAAAAAGGAACUGUUUAUUUGACGGACCGAAUACACUACUCACAAAUUGAAUUUUUAACUACACUAUACUAUUCUAUUAGGGUCAUUUUGAUACAUUUACAAAACAAAACAAAGGAUUACAACAACAACAACAACAACAACAGCAACAAAAGGUUUUGAGGUAGAGAUGCUGUAGAUGGCAAGGCAAAACGUUCGGACUACUGUUAAUGAUUUAGAAUUGUGGAUAAAGGCAAGAUACAAGGGUGCUCGUUUUGACACUUCUUAUUUACGCAACAUAGAGCUCUUGGAAGUAAUGUUGUCUUCAAAAAAUAGAUGACACGUGCCCAAACGACGUCAGAGCUGACAUAACUAAAGCAAAUCAAGUGACGGUUGACAGUGAAGUGAACAUUUGACACACAGAGCUCGACGAUUUAGCGCUUCAAUUAAUAUUAAGAUCACAAGUGGUACGUUUUAUAAUCCGAUUGACUAGCCAUGGACAGCUUUCAACGGGGACUUGGUACCUCUCCACCCCAAAGGAACGUACUGGAGGGGGUAGAACUGGGGACUAUGCCCACUGCAGUGCCCCCUGGAUUUCUCCCGCCUGGAUACACGGGUUUUGGCAUACCGUCUGGAAUCCCCGCGGCCGGGAGUUUUGCACAACCGAUGCACGCACUGACACUAGCCGAAAGAUUAGCAGAUAUAAUACUUGAAGCGAGAUACGGGUCCCAAAGGAAACAGCGACGGAGUAGGACUGCAUUCACGAACCAGCAACUUUCAGCGCUGGAGAAGACUUUCUCCAAGACGCAUUACCCGGAUGUUAUUAUGAGAGAACGCCUCGCCGUAAUGACGAGUCUUCCCGAGGCGAGAAUCCAGGUUUGGUUUAAGAACCGUCGAGCGAAGUACAGAAAGAAACAGCGUGUUGGGAAGCUUUUGGAACACCCCUCUUCAACGUGUACUACCGAUGAUGUUGACGACCAUACUGUUGUUGUUUGUAAAGAAGGUGAUGCUGUUCAAGCAAUUAAAAUGGAGGGAAAUGAUAGAGAACAGAAUGAGUCCGAGGAAAAUAAUGAAUCUGACAACGAGCCUGAUACGGCUGUAGAUGAGGAGUCGGGGGAAGAAACGGCUACGAAUGAGAGAAAUAAAGAUGGCCCGAUUGAUCUUACAAAAUUGACCGAUAUCGCCACAAGAGAGCGCUUCCAGUCGCCCAAUGAUUUCGAAAUAUUGUCGAAAAUAGCGGAAUUCAAUUCAAGUCAUUCAAGAAUGGCAUUCCAAAAUGAGAGAGCGAUGUUUAUGGAACGUUUUAGGCCAUCCCUUCCCUUGCCUUAUUCAUCGAUGUGUUUUGUGCCACCACCAGGCACCCUCCCACAUCAAACAUUCCCCGACGGUAAUCCAGUUGCGCAAAAAGACAUUGAAUCCCCCGCUGAUCUUUUCCACAAUCAGUUACCUGGUAUUCACUAUUUUCAAUCUCAGAUGAGACCUCAACUAAGAUCCGGGGAUAUGAAUCCUUUUGGUCAUAUUGCUAACCGUGAAUGGGCAAAACUGUUUCCGCAUACUGCAACAUUACAAGGACUAGAAGAAACGCAACGUAUGCGCAGUAUGUUAUUUCCACAGGAAGUUGCGUCAUCAUUAUUGCCAACAGGAACCGAUAGUGCUACUACAAACAGUAUAGUAAAUUUACGAAUAAGAGCUAGGCAACAUGCAGCGGCAAUGGGACUACAUUCAUCCGUUUUAAAGUAAUUUAUAGGAUAUCAUUUUUACAUUUUAUCUUCUAUAUCUAAGGCGUCUGUGAUUUGGUUGGGGGACAUUUGAAUACUGCAUGAUUAUGUAAGGACUCAGAAUUUAAUGCUUAUCAACUUUGUUGUUCUGGUGGUAACGUUAAUGUAAUUAACUUAUGUACGUUAGAUAUAACAUUUUUGGUACCAAUACUUGUGGGGUUUAUUUAAUAAACUAAUAAAAACAUUUAUUAUUAUGAAACAA